AUGCGCUGGUCGUCCAUGCUCACAACGGCGGCCUUCGCCGGGUCUGCCACGGCCCAAACCACCACCUACCGUGACAGUCAAGGCCGUACCUUCUCCGGCUACACUGAUGGCGCUGGCGUGCGGUAUGGUAUUGCCAUCCCAACCAGCGCUGCUCCAGGACAGUCAUUCGACGCCAUUCUACAAAUCACUGCCCCCAUCAGUAUUGGCUGGGUUGGCUUGGCUUGGGGAGGUGGCAUGACCUACAAUCCCUUGAGCAUCGUAUGGCCCAACGGAAACGAUGUCAUGAUCUCAGCUCGCAUGGCCUUUGGCUAUUCCGUUCCUCCGCCGUACCCAGCUACCACCCAUACUCUGCUCUCAGGAUCUGGGGCCAACGCUACUCAUUUCACGGUCACGGCCCUCUGCCGUGGCUGCACCUACUGGUCCGUCCAGGGCUCGGACCCCGAGAGUCUGAACCCCAACGGCGAGAACUAUCUUGCCAAUGCCUAUUCCACUGUACCUGUCGACUACCCCGAGGAGGAACAAACGACGUUUGGAAUCCAUCAGGGUACCAACCACUGGUACCACGACUUUGCGCUGGCGAAGCAGGCCGGCUUUGAGCAAUGGGCUGGCAGCGGUGGAGGGGGAGCCAGCACGACAACCCUCACAACUCGCUUAACCACGACCGCGAUUACGACUACAGAUGUGCAGACGACACUAACAACAACGGUUACCCGUACUGGCUCGCCUCCGACCAGCGAAGUAACCACUUCGACCGUCGCAGGGCCAACGCAGACCGGGGUCGUACCUCUUCCUGCCCCGAGCUCAUGCCCCGGUGUCAGUGCCUGGCGGUCGAGCUUCGGGGUGGCCACAGGGUGGAGAGCCGUCAAGAUUGCUGGCGGCCUUCGCACACCCCGCGGCAUCGUGCUUGACUCUAAUGGCAAUCUGCUUGUUGUCCAGUCCGGUCUUGGUGUUACGGUCCACACCUUUGGUUCUGAUGGGUGCCUUUCCGGUAGUAAAACUCUCAUCUCGAAUCCAGCCCUCAAUCACGGUAUCUCCCUCACGGCCGACGGCACGAAGCUUUACGUCUCUUCAAUGACAACUGCCUUUGAGUACAGCUACAAUGCCGCCAGCCAAACUGUCAGCGGCGAACGCACAGUCGUGAGGGCCAUGAACCAGGGUGGCCAUCCUUCGCGUACUCUCCUGAUUCCACCUCAGACACCUCAUCUACUGGUUAUUUCACUCGGGUCUUUCGACAAUCUCGACCAUCCAACAAUCAACCCCGCAACGGGUCGAGCCAUCGUCAAAGUCUUCGACCUGCGUAACGUGCCUUCAGGCGGCUACGCCUUCAACACGCAGGGCUACCUGCUGGGUUAUGGUCUGCGCAAUGGUGUGGCACUCGCUGCUGAUGGCGGUAACCAUGUGUGGGAGGUGGAAAAUGGCGCCGACCAGUUUCAACGGACUGUGGGUGGCUCGUCAUACGACAUCCAUGCCGACAACCCUUCCGAGGAACUCAACUACCUUGGUGACCCCGCCGUGGAGAAUCGCAACUGGUACGGCUACCCGACGUGUCACAGCGUCUACGGAGCCAGCCAGUUUACCGACAAGGCAUUCCGCACGGGGGACCAAUUUGUUCUCACUCCCAAUGCGACCUUCAAUGACGAGGACUGUGCCCGUCGCGGUUCCGUUCCGCCGCGCCUCAGUUUUCAGGCCCAUUCGGCGCCUAUGGAUGCUACAUUCGACCGUGCCACCGAGAACAUGUUCAUCACGUUUCACGGCUCCUGGAACCGGCCCGUUGCAACGGGCUACAAGGUUGUGCAGGUCGCAUUUCGGCGUGGGGCUAACGGCCGGUACGAACCUGUGGAGCCGGCCACGAGCAUGACGGCAGCAAAAGAUAUCUUCUGGAGUCAAAAUGAGGGGAGCUGCACCAGUAGCACAUGCUUCCGACCUUGCGGCAUCACCUUUGACCGGGCCUACUCGAGGUUAAUCGUGGGUAGUGACCGGCCGUCGGAGGGAGAGCUGUUCAUGUUGAUCAAAACGUAA